GCUUGCAACCCGUGGAAUUUCUUUGGCCGCCGGCAUUUCCAAGCAUACGCGCUCGGCGUUGGGAGUUAAUUCUGGCUUGCCUUGUCAACUUGUGGCUCCCUAGCUGUGCAAAAGCAGUCGUGUUGUGGCCAUCUCUUGCUUCAAGUCAUUCGCAAUUUUCGCUGUCAAAUCUUAGCGUUUCUUGUUUGGCUACAGGUAAAAAAAAAAUGCCAAAAGCAGAGGGGUCCGAUGCCCCAGCGACGGCCACGUCAAGGUCAACCGAACCAAAGUCAAAGAAAACACACCGGGCUACAGCGUAUGACAGUGGGAAAACUAGCACCGGAUUGUGGUGGACUUUAUUUGGAUUGAUUUUAAUCACAACGGCUGCAACUCGAUUUUACAAGCUCGAUCAACCAGACCAUAUUUGUUGGGAUGAGACACAUUUUGGGAAAUUCGGAGGUUAUUACAUCAACCGGACCUUCUUUUUCGAUGUUCAUCCACCACUUGGAAAGAUGCUUAUUGGACUGUUUGGUUACUUGGAUGGAUAUAACGCGACGUUUGCUUUCGAGAAACCCGGAGACAAAUACGAAGAUUAUCCAUACAUGGGGAUGCGGGCGGGAUGUGCCAUCAUGGGAGCUCUUUUAGUUCCGCUUUCAUUUUUGACUGUAUGGGAAAUGACGUUUUCUCUCCCAGCUGCUACAUUUGCCGGUGUUUUAAUUCUCUUAGAUCAUGGCAUGCUGACGUUGAAUCGAUACAUUUUACUGGAUCCUCCGCUGCUUUUUUUCAUCUCUGCAUCGGUAUACGCCACAGUCAAGUUCCAUAAUCAACGCCAUCGAGCUUUUAGUUUUCCGUGGUGGUUCUGGCUUUCGGUCACAGGAGCCAUGUUGGUCGGUUCAGUUGCCGUCAAGUUUGUUGGCGUCUUUGUCGUUUUUCUUGUGGGGUUCCGAGCUAUUGCAGAUCUCUGGGAAAUCCUCGGUGAUCUUUCACGCCCUGUGAGCUAUACUGUUAAGCAUUUCAUGGCAAGAGCUUUGUGUCUGAUCGCGUUACCCAUUGUUCUAUACAUGGGUAUUUUUUAUAUCCAUCUACGAGUUUUGUAUCUUAGCGGGCCUGGUGACGGUUACUUCAGCUCGGCCUUCCAAACGCAUUUGGAAGGCAAUUUUCUGCAUAAUGCUAGCACACCUCGUGAGGUGGCGUACGGAUCGUUGCUGACUUUGAAAAACAGUAUCACUGGUGGUGGUUAUCUGCAUUCGCAUAUGCAUCUCUACCCAGCUGGAGUUGGCGCUAAGCAACAACAGGUCACGACUUAUUCUCAUAAAGACGGUAACAACCGGUGGUUCAUCAAGAAAUUCAACAAGCCAACACCACUGUGGAACAGCAGUGAUCCCAUUGAGCUUGUCCGCAAUGGCGAUUUGAUUCGAUUGGAGCAUCGUCCUACUAGACGCAAUCUGCAUUCCCAUAAAGAACCGGCUCCAGUUUCUCGAAAGCAUUAUCAAGUUACAGGAUAUGGAGAGAACGGAACUGGCGAUGCGAAUGAUGUUUGGCGAUUGGUGAUCGAGGGUGGUGCGGAAAACGAACCGUUAGAGACGAUGCGUCAUAAAUUCAAGCUCGUUCACUAUCUUCAAAACUGUGUUCUGUCAACAACUAAAAAGACAUUGCCCAAAUGGGGCUAUGAACAACAAGAAGUCACUUGCAAUCCCAACCUCCGUGACGCGGCUGCCGUUUGGAAUGUCGAAGACAACCGAUUUCCUCGCUUGCCAAACGUUUCGUUCAGCGCAUAUAAACUGAAUUUCUUCCAGCGCUUCUUUGAAGCCCAUGCUGUCAUGUUCAGUGGUAAUGCCGGUCUUAAGCCUAAGGAUGGCGAAUUGACUUCAAGACCUUGGAUGUGGCCCAUAAAUCUGAGAGGCCAAUUCUUUUCGGCAGGUGAAGGUGUCAGAAUCUACUUGUUGGGAAAUCCAAUUAUUUGGUGGAGCAAUUUAGUCUUCAUGGCCUUUUAUUUGACGCUUUUUGUUAUCAAGUCUAUUCGAGAUAGAAGGGGCAUUAUAUCGUCUCCUCAUCAAAAAGCACUGCAGGAAAGGGCUCUGUCGGCGUGCGGAUGGCUUUACAUUGGCUGGCUGUUGCAUUACGUCCCGUUUUGGGGUAUGGGUCGUAUCCUCUAUUUUCAUCACUAUUUUCCUGCCUUGCUGUUUUCCAGCAUGAUGUCAGGCGUUGUUGUUGACUAUCUCGUAGAAUCAAUUCCGCCACUCCUGCCGUCUGGAAUCAGAAAUAGUGCUUAUCAUUUAUUAAUGGGCGGAAUCAUUUCGUCACUUAUUUACAGCUUUUAUUUGUUUGCCCCCCUUACCUACGGCAUGAGUAAUGGGCCUUCGACGGAAGCCAAUUCCACUAUGUACGGAAUGCGCUGGCUCGAAACCUGGGAGUUUUAAUCACACACCGGUGUUGUUGCUUUUAAAUGGAAAUCUACUUUCAUUGCCCUUAACCAAUAUGGAUCUUCUUCGGUUUUUACUUUUUACCACUUCCUUUGGGACAAAUUGGAAAACAGUUCGUCGAACAUUUAAUUACAUUUGGUCUUUCUCUGA